CAUAUCAAACACAAACUAUAUUCCAGUAUUAAUUACAAAAGUAGCAAAACUAAGCUAAGGAAAACAAUGGCUUCUUUGCUUCAUUCAUGGCGCCUCAUCUUCUUCUUCUUGGCCGUGGCGGCCGUCGGCAAGGCUGCCGCAGCGGGAUACGCCACGCCGGUGUUUCGUCCUACUCCUUGGAAACUUGCAUAUGCCACAUUUUAUGGCGAUGAGACAGCUUCUGAAACUAUGGGUGGGGCUUGUGGGUACGGAAAUUUGUUCAGCAGCGGAUACGGCACGGACACGGCGGCGCUGAGCUCAGUGCUAUUCAACAACGGGUACGGGUGCGGGCAGUGCUUCCAGCUGCGGUGCGUAAAAUCGCAGUUUUGCUAUCGGAAUUCGCCGAUCGCGACCAUCACCGCCACCAAUCUCUGCCCUCCCAACUGGUCCAAGGACUCCAACAACGGCGGGUGGUGCAACCCUCCCCGCACCCACUUCGACAUGGCCAAGCCGGCCUUCAUGAAGAUCGCUGAGUGGAAGGCCGGCAUCGUUCCCGUCCUCUUCCGCAGGGUCACGUGCGUGCGCCGCGGCGGCGUGCGGCUGACCUUCCAGGGGAACGGCUACUGGCUGCUGGUGUACGUCAUGAACGUCGGCGGCGGCGGCGACAUCGCCAACAUGUGGGUCAAGGGCAGCAAGACCGGCUGGAUCAGCAUGAGCCACAACUGGGGCGCUUCCUACCAGGCUUUCGCAACUCUUGGCGGCCAGUCGCUUUCUUUCAAAUUCACUUCCUACACUUCUCAUGAAACUAUCAUUGCUUACAACGUUGCUCCUUCCAACUGGCGUGUCGGAAUGACUUAUUCUUCCAAUGUCAACUUCCAUUGAUCCAUAUCUACUCAUAGCUUUUUUUUUUCUUCUAUUUCUCUCUCAUCUUGUGAUGAGUUUUGUGAGGGAAUGGCUCGCUGAUCGUGUAAACAAGUGGCCAUUUAUAAUUUAAAUGUCGUAAAAAUUAUGAGCAACGGCAUUUGAAGUCUCUAAAUAAGAUUAUGCUUUCUUUA